AUGAAAUCGGAAUUAGAUCUCUUUUUACUACCUCCAACACAAACGUCGAUAGAGGGCUCUCAAUGGGUGCACUAUAAGCCAGUUUCAUCUCUCACAGAUGACUCGCCCAUCGAGUUUGUAAUUCCAGGCCAGGGGACUGAGUACAUUGAUCUUGCACAUACACUUCUAAGUUCGGAUGUAUACUUUAAUCAGAAGCCUGUCUCGCCACCAAAUAAUGCAUGUCCAUACAGAGCAUAUAUUGAAUCUCUGCUCAACUAUGGGCCAGCAGCAAAAAAAAGUCAUCUCACAUCUGCAUUAUGGCAUGGCGAUACAGCAGGUAAAAUGGAUGACAUCACAACGCAGAACCAGGGUCUCGUCGAUCGACAACUUAUACUGGGUGAAGGAGAAAAAAUUGAUCUGAUUGGUCAUUUGCACAGUGAUGUUUUUAAUCAGGAUAAAUUUCUCUUGAAUGGGGUUGAACUUAGAGUUCAGCUGGUGCGCUCUAAGGAUGCUUUUUGUCUUAUAGAUCAUACUAAUCGGGCUUAUCUUCAUAUUGAAGAAGCAUCUCUUCUUACUCGGCGUGCAAAAAUCAGCCCUGGGAUUAUGCUUGCACACAAAAAAGCUCUUUCUCAAGGUACGGUCAAGAUCAUCAUUGGAGUUGUCGAAAAUGACGCAUUCAACGGUCAUCGUAGUAAAAAUCCAUUUAACUUUAGACACUUUAAUAUCAAUCAUUUCUCUCUUUACGGAGAUAGUAUGCAAAUUCGGUCAAAGCCUUUGCAACCAGAUUUCUCAAAAGGAAAGCUAUACAUUGAUGCUUAUCAUACUCUGUUUUCCGGAACGGGGAUUCAUUUUAUGAACGAGGGAAAUAAUAUUGAUCGUUUUGAUUACGCAAGUGGAUACUGCCUGUUUGCAUUUGAUCUUACUCCUUAUCUUUCUGCAAAUUGUCAAUCACACUGGAAUCUCGUUAAACAUGGCAGCCUUCGCAUUGAGCUUCGUGUAGAAGAAAUACUACAACAAACUAUUAGUUAUAUAGCCUACCCAGAAUACGACAAUAUCUUGGAAAUUGACGCUUCCACGUAA